AUGACAAUUCUGAAGGCUCGUUUCGGAAAUGAUGUGCGUAAAACACCAAUCCAUCAUGCGCAUGAUCUCACCCUCAACGACCUCACUCUUAUGCUCCAGAGGAUCUUCAAGAUUUCAUCGGCUGAAGCGAUCGUACUGAAAUACAAGGAUUCCGAUGGUGACCUUAUUAGUCUAGCCGACGACUCCGACCUUCUUCUUGCCCUGCAGUCGGAAAAGUAUUUAUCGAUCGAAGUUUCACUUGAUAACAAGGCUGCCGCUGAAUUGAAUGGUGUGAAUCAGCAGAUUUCGCAGAUUCAGGCCGACUUGCAGCGUCUGUACAAGUCUCUAGCAAGUAUCCAAAUUCCGAACAUCCACACUGCAUCACAAGCUAAUGCAUCUCAACAUUUCGAGCCUAUCGAUGCAGUAUUAAACCAUGGAGACCAUGUUCCCGCACUUCCCAUUAAUGGUUUUGAUGCUGCACCACUUUCUCCACCUUCUCCGGCAAUAUCGGAGAAGCCUGAACUACCUGCUACUAUCCAGCCAUCACUACAAGAGCAGGUUCUUCCGGAUGGCCUUUCUCGGCACGAUAUCUCAGCUUCAUGUGUAGAAGAAAUCCCGCUAGAGGCAGGGGCACCGGCAGCAUCGGCUCCUCCAAACAACAACUUUGCCACACCACCGUUAACAACGUCCGCGAUUCAGGAUCCCCAUGCUCCACAGCAGCAAGGGUUUGCCCCCCAACCACCACAGCUCCCCUCGAUUCCGUCCUUCCCCCAUGCCAGCGUACCACCAGCUAACUUCUCUCCAACCCACCAACAACAUGAUCAGCCACCACCACAGCCACCACAUCAGUUUGUCCCACCACAGCAGCAUAGCGUUCCGUCUCAAAUGCCGCCUUCCAGCUUCCCUCCAGCGCCACAACAGAACUUUGGUGCACCUCCUCAGCACUUCGCUACUCCUCCACAGGCACCUCAGCAACCGCAACCACCGACGCCACGAUCAUCUGUGUCAUCAACUCCCAUUCCUCAGCCAUCACAGCAGUUUGGUGCGUCCCAUGGAGGACUACCACAGCAGUUCGUUCCACCUCAGCAAUUUCCGCCAACACAGUUUGCACCACCUCCGGCUCAGGGCUUUGGAGGUUCGUCAAUGCAACACCAACAGCAACAGUUUGCGCCUCCAUCGUCAACAUUUGGGCAUCAUCCACAGUUCGGACAAACAACAUUGCCUUCUGAACCUGCACCACCAGUAGGUGGAAUGCAUCCUCCAUUCGCACCACCUACUACAGGUUUUGUUCCACCACCAAUGGGUGGUCCAGCUGGUGUACCUGGAGGGAAUCCAUUUGCACGUGGGCCUGGUAUUGGAGGGUAUCGCAAUUCACCAUAUCAUCAGUAA